AUGUAUAAGCAAGAUGUGACCAGUGCACAACUUCUUUCUUGGUUCGCUCCACUGGAUGUCGCCGAACGCUAUGAAAAGAAUCGUGGCAUAGGUUCGAAUGAUAUAUUCUACAAUUGUUCAUCGCCAUGGUUCGGUUCGCAUUGUCAAUACAAGUUCGAAGGCGAUAUUCCAUCGUCAUUCGAUAAGAUCAUCUAUGGUUCAUUUCGACAACGAAGCUCACAAUGUUUGAAUACUGAGAAUAGUACAUGUUAUCCAUUUCUAUCGACCUGCGAUCGUGGUCCAUCACCUAUCUGUCUAGAUUGGCGCGAAAUUUGUGAUGACAAACCCGAUUGUAUCAAUGGAGAAGAUGAACAAUUCUGUGAUCAAUUGGAAUCGAGUGAAUGUUCACCUAAAGAAUAUCGAUGUCACUAUGGUGGGCAGUGCAUUCCAUUGGCAUUUUUAUUUGAUGGCGAGAAUAAUCUCGAUUGCUUAGAUGGAAGCGAUGAAGGUGAAUUUGUAGAUAGAAUACUGGACAUUGAACAACGCAAGAAUUGUAUGAAUAAUCCAUUAUUUGAAUGUGAAGAGCGUCGCUGUCGAGAUCGAUAUUCAUUUUCAUGUGGGGAUGGAGAAUGUAGUCCACGGCACUUGCCUAUCACUUUUGACUAUCACUGCUACAAUCACCGCACAGUAAAACUCAUUCGAACAGUUCUCGAUUCGAAUAUGGAUUGUCAACAAACAUUAUUAUGUUUAUUAGGACUCUCAAAGCAAUGGACCAAUCAUUGUUCGCCACCGUCUAUUAUUCACUAUCCAGUUAAUCGUUGUCAUUCUCUGGCAUCACAGUGCCAUUCAGAAUGGAUUACUAUACCUCAACAACCAAUUCUAUUCGGUUUUUUUCAAUUUAUUUAUUUGACAAAUCGAUCAAUCGAUGAAUUCGAGAUGAACAUUCUACCAGAUUAUAUCUGUUUCGAUUCGCACCGUUGUCCAGGUUUGUUACAAUUCAUUGUUGUUAGAAAUUUGACUAAUGGAUUGAGUUGUUGCCAUCGAAAUGAUCUUCCUGAUGAAAUUGGAAACGCAACGGUGACUAACUUCUAUAUGAUUGAAUUUGUUUUUGAACCUCUUAUUCAACGAUGCUUAACGAUUGGCCGCGAAGAUUUCUGUUCGGAUUCGUCUCUUUUCUAUUGUUCACAAUCAAUGAAAUGCAUAUCGUAUCAUCGUCUCGUCGACGGUAUGCGAGAUUGUUUCUUUGGAGAAGAUGAAUCUUAUGAUGCUUGCUCUUUGAAUGAUUCCAGCCGAUUUGUAUGUCAGUAUGAUCGUAGUACAUGCUUGGCAUUCAUUGCCUUUAGCAACGGUGUAAUAGAUUGUGUUGAUGCAGAAGACGAAUUGUUAAAUCCAUAUUUGUUGCCAAGCAAAUUCGACUAUAUCUAUUCAUUAUUUUGCGAUGGUUUUAUCGAUAGACUCAUUAUCAAUGAUAGUUUGGUCGAUGAAACCAAUUGUGAAUAUUGGCCUUGUAAUACACCUUAUGUUCGAUGUGAUAAUGUUUGGCAGUGCCUGAAUGGUAUGGACGAAUUGAACUGUCCCGAUAGUCGAUGGCCAGCGAAUCAACAUGCAUGUUCGCUCAAGAAUUCCUCAGAUUUUGUCUGUCUACCCAUCGAAUAUUUAUACGAUACAGUUUUCAACGAUUGUCCUUCCUAUCCGGAAACAUUAUGGCGUCGAAUUUAUUUCAAUAAUCAAACUAAGAUGAAUAUAAAUGAAAGUCUCGCAUGGCACAAUAAUCGAUGUAUUACACGAGAAAAACUCUGCCGUUCAAAUUCCGUGCAAUCGGAAGAAACAUUCGAGAUUGGUUGCCCAUACGUUGAUAAAAGUUUGUUGCAAAUAGAAGAAAAUAUUGCAACAUACCAUGGAGAAUACGUUUGCCAUGAAUUUCCUGUCGGCCAGUACCAAAAUUCACGACAUUAUUUUUUGUCAUCACGUUUAGGAUUCUUUCCACCACCAUCGGCCAUUCCACCAAUAACAACGAUUGUAACCAAUGAUUCACAAGUAUCCAACAACUACACAAUCGAUAUCGAAUUGAAUUACCAUUGUUAUCGAGGCAUUUUCCUUCGAUUCGGACCGUCUGAAGGCAAGAAAUGUUUUUGUCCACCGAGUUCUUUCGGUGAUCAAUGCCAAUGGCAAAGUCAACGUGUCAGUUUGACACUUCAGUUCAUCUUUCGCAGUGUCAAAUUUGGAAUAAAUGUCUUUCAGAUCAUUCUCAUGCUGAUCGACGAAAAUGGGCGAAUCGCACCGAAUAUCGAACAGUUAACAUUUAUACCAGUGCAUGAUUGUGGCAUCAAGUAUAAUCUCUAUCUACUCUAUCCCGAUCGACCGAAAAAUUCAUCGAAAAACUAUUCUGUUCAUAUCGAUGUAUUCGAUCGAUUGACAUUGAAUUAUCAUGUCAGUUGGCAUCUAUCAAUACCGUAUUCAUUUUUACCUGUUAAUCGUCUAGCUGCUCAAUUAAUAAUUCCAGAUCAAGCAGAAACCGAAGAUUGCCAAUUAGACUGUGGUCAUCAUGGUCGAUGUCGCCGUUAUGCUAAUAAACGAACAUUGCUCUUCUGCCUAUGUGAUCCAGGUUAUUCGGGCUUAGCCUGCAACGAAACACAUCGAUGUUCGUGUGUUAUUGGCGCACGAUGUCAUGCACCAUCAUUCUGUCUGUGUCCAUUGCAUCGAUUCGGUCGGCAUUGUUUCUUAGAACAUACCAUUUGCAAAUUGAACAAUCCUUGUGAAAAUAAUGGAUUCUGUGUACCCGCCGAUGUACGUUUGGACUUUCAUGGAUUCAUUUGUUUUUGCAAAGAAGGUUUUACUGGUUUGAGAUGCGAAAAGAUCAAUAAUCAGAUCACACUUCAAUUCGAACAACAUUUUCUUGCAACUGUUUCAUCGGUCGCUAUUCAUCUGAUCACGGCCUUCAACGAUCGAAAACACGAACACAUAACUUUAUUUAAAAAGAUUCCGAUUGAUAAGGAUACAAUUACUCUUCAUCUUACAGAUCCAUUUCAUAUUCUUCUUGUUGAAUUAUUCAAUCGUACUUAUUAUUUAACAAUUCUACGAGAAAUAUUCAUACCAUCGGAAUCGAUUCAUGCUGAAAUCAAAUCAAAUCAAAGUUGUCCAUCGAUUGAAGAACUUGGUAAUGCGACAUGGAUCAAUUCUCCUGUUUGGCAUCGACUUAAAUAUUAUCCAUUAUUAUGUCGACAACAACGCCGAUUGAUGUGUUUCUAUGAUGAUAUUUUCAUAUGUAUCUGUGAUUUGGAUCGAUUUGCCAAUUGUUUCAAUUUCAAUCAUUCGAUAACUUACAAUUGUCAAGAUUCAAAUGUGUGUGAAAAUAAUGGACAAUGUCUUAUAAACAAUGCUACUUGUCCAACGAUAACAUUCUGCAUUUGUCCCGAUUGUUUCUAUGGAACAAAGUGUCAAUUUUCGACACGAGGAUUUGUUCUGUCACUCGAUUCGAUCUUGGGCUAUCACAUUAGAUCCAACGUUGAUCUUUCUCAACAAUCGUUCAGUAUCAAAGUGGCCAUUUCGAUCAAUACGAGUAUUUUAAUAAUUGGCAUUAUUAGUUGUUCAUUAUCAAUGAUGACAUUUCGAAUGAGAAAGCCGAGAAACUGCGGUUGUGGUUGGUAUCUUUUGGCAUCGUCGAUAAUUUCACUUUGUGCCAUUCUCGUAUUGACAAUCAAAUUUUGGUAUCUUGUUCUCUCACAAAUGGCAUUGAUUCAGAAUCGGAUUUUGUUGAAUAUUCUUUGCAUCGUUACCGAUCCCAGUCUCAGAAUUCUUUUAGCAUCCAGUGAUUGGCUAAGUGCAUGUGUUGCUAUCGAACGAUUGGUGACUGUUAAGCAAGGAACUCUAUUCGAUCGAAAGAAGAGUCAAAAGAUUGCCAAACAAAUGAUUUUCAUCAUCGUUUUUCUAACAAUAUCAACACAUUUGCAUGAUCCGCUUUUGCGUCGAUUGGUAGAUGAUUUCGAUGCUGAUGAACAGCGUACAUGGUGUUUCAUUCAAUAUUCAGCAUUUCUUGAUCGAUGGAAUUCGACAAUAACGUUCUUACAUUUUCUCGUGCCAUUCUCGAGCAAUCUUAUUGGUGUUAUAUUUAUGAUUAUAUCAAUAGCACGCUCUCGAUCUCAAUCACAACCGAAAAAAACUAUCAGAGAACAUUUUCGUCAUCAAAUGCAUAAACAUAAACAUCUACUCAUGACACCUGCUCUACUUGUUCUUUUGAGUGUACCACGCCUCAUCAUUCCAUUUUUCACCAAAUGCAUGAAAACACCGCGUGAACCAAGUCUGUUCUUGAUCGGCUAUUUUGUUUCCUUUGUUCCAGCAACAUUACCAUUUUUUAUCUUUGUAUUACCAUCAAAUGAAUACAAAAGAAAUUUUCGAAAAGCCAUCCAAUUAUUUAAACGUCGAUUUCGCUGUGCACCAUAA